UCAGGAGUCAUGAAGCAGCUUGGCUGAUUUUUGGAUUCUCUACUGAUUGUGUUUCUGCCGCAGGAGCAAACGCAGCCUCCAGAAACGACUGUGGAAAAGACUGCAAUGGGACAAAGUAUGACACACAAGAAGCUGCUUGCUGUGGAAACAAACUUUACCCAGGGGCGAGUCUGUCUUGUUGUGGAAAGGAACCUUACAAUCCUGAAAAAGCAACCUGUUGCAAAGUACAAGACGGAAACACUCUCAGAGCCAAUGUUACUCAUGGUCUGAGUGAAAAGGUGUCCAACUGCUGUGGGCUGAAGCCCUACAACCCUGUCAAUGAAGUAUGCUGUCAAUCAACCAUCACUGCAAAACCUGGACUAAUGGCUGAAUGUUGCGGUAAAGAGGCUUUUGCCAAGGACAAGCAAUUGUGUUGCGGUGCAAGUGAUAAUAAGAAGAUUCUGGUGAGAAAUUCCAGUUUCCACCGGUGCUGCGGGCACAACCAGUAUGAUAACAGGACUCAGUGCUGCUGUGAGAAUGAAGGUGUUCUGGAGGUACAACCGAAGGAUUCAUCUUGCUGUGACAAGAGCUCCACUACAGGAGUGCAUAAUGUAGGAAUUCUGCAUUGUGGGCCGAAUGAUAAUAAGAAGAGUCUGGUGAAGAAUUCCACUUUCCACCAGUGCUGCGGUCACAACCAGUAUGACAACAGGACUCAGUGCUGCUGUGUGAAUGAAGGUGUUCUGGAGGUACAACCGAAGCAUUCAUCUUGCUGUGACAAGAGCUCCACUACAGGAGUGCAUAAUGUAGGAAUUCUGCAUUGUGGUCCGAAUGAUAAUAAGAAGAGUCUGGUGAGAAAUUCCACUUUCCACCGGUGCUGCGGUCACCACCAGUAUGACAACAGGACUCAGUGCUGCUGUGAGAAUGAAGGUGUUCUGGAGGUACAACCGAAGCAUUCAUCUUGCUGUGACAAGAGCUCCACUACAGGAGUGCAUAAUGUAGGAAUUCUGCAUUGUGGUCCGAAUGAUAAUAAGAAGAGUCUGGUGAAGAAUUCCACUUUCCACCAGUGCUGCGGUCACCACCAGUAUGACAACAGGACUCAGUGCUGCUGUGAGAAUGAAGGUGUUCUGGAGGUACAACCGAAGCAUUCAUCUUGCUGUGACAAGAGCUCCACUACAGGAGUGCAAAAUGUGGGAAUUCUGCAUUGUGGUCCGAAUGAUAAUAAGAAGAGUCUGGUGAGGAAUUCCACUUUCCACCAGUGCUGCGGUCACCACCAGUAUGACAACAGGACUCAGUGCUGCUGUGAGAAUGAAGGUGUUCUGGAGGUACAACCGAAGCAUUCAUCUUGCUGUGCAAAGGAGUCAGCUAACCCUGAAGGUUUUCAACAACUGACACAUGAGCUCCAACACUUUUGCACUGAACCAAACACACAUCUCUGUGGGUCGACAUGUUACAAUCCAAAGACGCAUCGUUGCUGUGAGAGACACCAAAAGCCUUUUUGGUUCUGCGCCUCAGGUCAAAGCAAGGCCAGGGUGUAUGACCCACGUAUAGAAGUCUGCUGUGAUGGAUCCGUAUUUCGAUGCAAGCCGUGGCUAGAUCAAUUUUAUGGCAGCCCGGGACAACACUGCUGUGGGACGGAAAUUUACCGGCCUCGUACUGAGAUCUGCUGCAAUGGACACAGACACCCCAAAUCAGAAAACCUUCACUGCUGUGGGGUCAAAGCCUACAACAUUAAAGACCCACAGAUGAAGUGCUGUGCAGGAACACUGUACAAUCUGACAUCAUUAGACAAGCAUGGAGGGGACGCUCAGUGCUGCGGAUCCAUCCUGCAAAAGCCACAGGAUAUUUGCUGCUCAAGCCAGGAAAAAGAGGUGCUUUACUCUGUCAAGACAGGAUUUGGAUGCUGUGGUCACCUCUAUUACAACACCAGCCUGUGCUCAUGCUGUGCGGAGAGGCUGAGAAGAAUCCAUGAACCAGGAAAGGAUCAGAGAAACAUGAUGCAUGGAUCCAGACUUCUAUCUUUGAAUAAUCUAAACACAAGUGAUCUCUGCAAAGAAAUGUACAUUGGGACUGUGGAAAGUGUGUCUGUGAAGAGCGUUGUGUUCAGGAAUGUGCUAUGGGUUCAUGGGAAAUAUUCCAACGUGACAGCUCUGCCUUUGCAUCACAUCUUGGACAUAGAUGAUCACUGCAAAUCACCUAAACUGUUUCUUGGGAAGACCUACAUCUUUAACAACGUUAAUAUUUUCACUGAUUUCAACCAUGACUCUGUUCUUCAGUCGCUCCAUUUCAUUUUUAUAAAUGUUCAUCUUAGAUCACCACUGUCUGAUCUAUGUAUGACGAAUGAAGAACAGGCUCUGAUCAGAACUCGAAACACAGCCUUCAGGCUGGGGGACAGUUCUCUGGAGAGCACUGCCAGAGCCAACCCGAGGAGGGGCAUCAAACAAGCCAAGGAGACCUCCAGGAGAAGGAUUAAGGGCUUCCAGACAGACAACCACCGCCAAGUGUAG